CGUUUGUAUCGAGUAUUCAAUCGAAUUCAAGCUCUCUGACAUUUGGCAGCAUAUAAUUUUAGUUUCAUUGUUUUUUUGAUGUCUGAGCAUUCGCAACACAUACGACGCCGAAACAGAAACAGAUUUUAAGAGGUACAGCUUUAAAAUUGUAAAUUGCAUUAAAACCCACACCAUUCAAGAAUGGGGAACGUGAUGGCGUCUACCGCAGGCGCUGACUCCUCCCGUGUUUCCGCCGGACUGGGACUGCCGGAGGUGCCCCCGCUCCCUCCGCCGGAAUGCCGCCUCAUUGUGGAGGCAUUAGAGGCAGAGGCUCGCAAGACGCAAGAGUUGGCCAAUCCCGGAACAGUCGAGGAGCUGCACAGUCGCUGUCGCGACAUCCAGGCCAACACAUUCGAAGGCGCCAAGAUCAUGCUGAACAAGGGCCUGAGCAACCACUUCCAGGUGACGCACACCAUCAACAUGAAUUCGUCGUCGCCAAGUGGCUAUCGCUUCGGAGCCACAUAUGUGGGAACCAAACAGUACGGUCCCAAUGAGGCCUUUCCCGUUCUCCUGGGUGAGAUCGAUCCAAUGGGCAAUCUCAAUGCAAACGUGAUCCACCAGUUCACAUCUCGACUGCGGUGCAAGUUCGCCUCGCAGUUUCAGGACUCGAAGUUGGUGGCCACCCAGCUGACGGGGGACUAUCGCGGUCGGGACUACACAAUAUCCAUGACGUUGGGCAACCCGGGCAUUCUGACGGGCUCCGGAGUGAUUGUAUGCCAGUACUUGCAGGCCGUCACCCAGAAAUUGGCCCUUGGAACGGAGUUGGCCUACCAGUACGGACCGAAUGUUCCCGGUCGCCAGGUGGCGGUGUUAUCGGCGGUGGGACGCUAUGCCGUCGGUGAUUCGGUGUGGUCGUGCACCUUGGGACCCGGUGGCUUCCACCUCAGCUACUACCAGAAGGCCAGUGAACAGCUACAGAUCGGAGUCGAAGUGGAGACGAAUCUGCGUCUGCAAGAGUCCACGGCCACGGUGGCUUACCAGGUGGAUCUUCCCAAGGCAGAUCUGGUGUUCCGCGGCAGUCUCGAUUCUAAUUGGCACAUUGCCGGCGUCCUCGAGAAACGCCUUCAGCCGUUGCCGUUUUCGUUGGCCAUCAGCGGUCGAAUGAAUCACCUGAAGAACAGCUUUCGACUGGGCUGCGGUCUCAUGAUCGGAUGAAUAUAAUCGACUCAAUUGAAGUAUAGCUGGGAACCAGAUAACAAAGCUAUCAAACUGGGGGAUUUCUUUGUUAUUUUCUUGCAAAUGGGAAAUUAAAUGGCACGGCAAUUAUAAGAACAUGGAUUAAGUCUGACUUGUCAAGUUUAGAGACCAAGUUAUCAAAAUACUAAAGCUAAGCAAGGCAAAAACGGCCGAAUCCUGCUAUGUUGGGUUUCCCAUCGUGUUUGAUUUCGAAAUUUAAAAUUUAAAUGUGCAAUGUUGACAAAGAAAUUGAUCAAAUCAACUCGUUUCUAUCGUAAUGUGAUUAGUGAAAACUUGCAAAAACUAAAUUGAAAAACCAUCCUGUAA